AUGUCUGCGACUCUAACAGGAAUUGCGAGACGCAUCUACGCCGUAACAGGCGGUGCAUCUGGCAUGGGAGCUGCGGCGGUACGCGAACUUGCGCGACAAAAGGCCGGUGCCAUCUGGAUUGCCGACUGGAAUGAUGGACCCUUCAAGGACUUUACUGCGGAGCUCAAGAGCAUCAACAGUGAAACCAAAGUAUACACAACCAAGGUGGAUGUUUCGGAUUCCAAAGCGGUAGAUGCAUGGAUGGACAAGGUGGUCGAGGGCUCAGGCGGCCUCCACGGUGCCAUCAAUCUAGCAGGGCUUGCCCAAAACCCUCCGGCGGCCGAGGAAUGGCUUACUGGCAAGGCGCCGGGCAUUCUCUUCGAGUCGGACAAUGACAUUAACCGCGUUACCGCCGUCAACUGGCAAGGCAUCGUCUACUCGACUCGGGCACAGGUGCGGGCCAUGAUGAAGAUGCCCGAGGGGAGCAACCCGGCCAUUGUGAAUAUUGCCAGUUUGGCCUCGUUCAUGCAUGCGCCUCAGAUCUUUACAUACUGUGCGACCAAGGCGGCUGUGGCUCACUUGAGCAUCCAAGUCGGUGCAGAUGUGGGGCGUUUCGGCAUCCGUUGCAAUGCUGUUUCUCCAGGACUCAUCAACACUCCCAUGCUUCCUACGUUUGCUGGUGGAAAGAAGCAACUCGAAGAACAGCAAAAGCCAGGGGGUUUGUUUGCGAACCCGAUUGACUCAGCGCACAUCUCCAAAGUCAUGGUGUGGUUGCUCAGUGAUACAGCGUCGCACGUUAAUGGUAUUAACAUGCUUGUUGGGGCGACUACACCAUAA